AUGUCUUUGUUCAGAACUCUUCAAAACCAGCCCAGGAUUAUCACUUUGUUCACCCACGACGUGGCCAGCAAACCCAGCUCACUGAUCAUGCAACAACUUCGUGCUGGGCCAACAGACAAAAAAUACGAAAUUGAAGUACACACCAAGUUCCCCACUUCAGACCAGCUGAGGUAUAUGAGUGGCAUAAACAGUACAUUGCUGCAAUCUCAGAUCCCGACGCUAGCAAAUCUGAUGCAAAAAGAUAGCACGUACGAGACUUUCGGCAAGGACCUAAAAGAUUGUGUCGACCGUAGGCUAUGGAAUCCGUCUUCGGCUCUGUGGGUCGACUGGGAAAAACAGAGGCUUGGAAUUGACGCCGAGAGUGUCCGAGCACUGUUGGAAAAGCUUUGA